UGAUCCCCACAAAGCAUCAGUGGCUUCAAUUUUUACCUGCUGAAGAAGAAAGGAGAAAGGAUCCGAAGACGAAGCAGCAGCCAUGAUGAUGGAGACGAUGAAUAGAGCUCUCGAGAAAGCGAAGAUGCUUGUUGGAAUGGAGCCCGACGAGGAAUCCAUAGCCCAAGAAACACAGUCCUCUUCCUUCUUCGACGAUUUCGAUCGCAACUGCACCCUCUCGACCAAGCAGAGAUUAUAUGGUUUUGCUAUUUGCUUAUCCUCUGGUCUAGCAUGUACAAUCAUGUCAAUGCUUGUUUUUUUCAACCCAAUCAAAUUUGGCAUAACAUUCACCUUUGGGAAUUUCCUUGCAAUUGGAAGCACAGCAUUUCUUAUAGGCCCCAAACGACAGAUCGACAUGAUGCUUGAUCCUGUCCGUAUAUAUGCAACUUCCAUAUACAUAGCAAGUAUGAUAAUAGCAUUGUUUUCUGCUUUUUAUGUCCACAAUAAGCUCUUAACACUUCUCGCCAUUAUACUAGAGUUUGGUGCUCUCAUCUGGUACAGCCUUAGUUAUAUUCCUUUUGCAAGAUCAGCUGUUUCAAAAGUUAUGGUUUCCUGCUUCGAUGCUGAGUUCUGAGUGAUGGAUCUGUCUCCUUCAAAAGAAAGUUCAUUGAUUUUUUGGUGGUGAAUGUCUUUCGCAUGUGUUGCUGAUCGCUGACCGGAUGACUGAACUGGUGAAAAUUUACCGUGGGCAAAAAACUCUUGAUAUUAGUUAUUCUUUUCACUUUUCAGUCAGCUGUUGUAUAUUUUCCAGUUUAUUCUUCUACUUUUAGUGAUCGACAUUAGCACGAACAAUUGUCUGUGGUUUGAUUCAAAACAGAUGCGUAUAAAUCUAUAUUUGUCUUGUA